AUGCUAGCUUUGUUUGAGACACAUGCGGGGGGUGAUCGUGCUAAUCGGAUUUGCCAAGGGUUGGGGUUUGAGAACUCCUUUCGGGUUGAUGCUGUAGGGCAGAGUGGAGGCCUAUGGUUGUUGUGGCGAACCGGUGUAGGGACUGUGACAAUUGUGGCUACAUCGGAUCAAUUUAUUCAUGCGACAGUCACUAAUGGCACAGAAAAGAUCCACGUUAUAGCGGUGUAUGCUGCCCCGUCGUUGUGCCCAGAAGCAAAAGGGGAUCCAAGUAAGCGACCCUUUGGGUUUGAAGCGGCCUGGUUACACCCCCCGGGCUUUAAAGACCUGCUUUCCACUUCUUGGAAUAAUGAGUUGGCAACACCAGAAGCUCUGCAAAUGUUACAAAGUAAGCUGAAAAAAUGGAACCGAGAAAUUUUUGGUGAUGUGAACAAGCGAAAGUUUCAUUUGCUGGAAGAGUUAAAAGUGGUCCAAGAUAUGUUAAACUCUACUCAGACUGAUGAUUUAAUUUCCAAGGAAGAGCAGUUAAGUCCAGAGUUGGAUGUCGUCUUGGAACAAGAAGAAAUGAUUUGGUUCCAGAAAUCUAGAGAGAAAUGGAUAGUAGUGGGCGAUAGAAAUACGACUUAUUUCCAUACAUCAACUAUUGUUCGAAGAAGAAGGAAUCAUAUAGAAAUGCUCAAGAAAGAUGAUGGGGUUUGGGUUUCGGAUAGUUCAGAGUUUGAGACAUUGGCAGUGGGCUAUUAUAAGAAACUCUACUCUAUGGAGGACGUGGACCAAGGUGGUGAGCCGUUACCGCAGGAAAUGGUGGGUGAUUCGGCUAUCCGUUUCGUGUAUAAUUUCUUUCAGUCGAAUGAGCUACCUUGUGGGGCAAAUGAAGCGUUGUUGGUCCUUAUAGAAAAUGUUGAAAGACCGGAGCGGAUUAUGCAGUUUAGACCGAUAAGUUUAUGUAAUGUUCUGUUCAAAGUCAUUACUAAAGUUAUGGUUCUAAGGUUAAAGAAGUUGAUGAAUAAAUUAAUUGGUCCAGCGCAGACGAGUUUUAUUCUAGGGAGGCUUGGUCACGAUAACAUUGUUGUGGUCCAAGAGGAUGUUCAUUCAAUGAGACACAAGAAAGGACGUAAAGGUUGGAUGCUGCUGAAAUUGGAUCUUGAGAAAGCCUAUGACCGCAUUCGAUGGGAUUUUCUUGAAGAAACGCUUCGUGUGGCGGGAUUACCCGCAAGGGACCGGACCGAACCUUUCAAAGCGGAGAGAGGGUUGCGCCAAGGAGACCCACUUUCGCCAUACCUGUUUGUGCUCUGUCUUGAGCGUUUGUGCCAUCAAAUAGAGUUCUCAGUUGCCUCCAAGGCAUGGAAACCAAUUACUAUAGCCUGUGGAGGUCCAAAGCUCUCCCAUGUGUGUUUUGCAGACGAUUUAAUACUCUUUGCAGAGGCAUCAUUUGGACAAAUACGAGAUAUAAGGAAGGUUUUAGAACAGUUCUGUCUUGCUUCGGGGCAGAAAGUGAGCCUUGAAAAAUCUAAGAUAUUCUUCUCGGAUAAUGUUGGGAGAGAGUUAGCCACCAUGAUCAGUGAGGAAAGCGGUAUUAAGGCUACUGGGGAUUUGGGGAAGUAUCUGGGGACGUUUCUUGAGUUUGGCAGGAAGAGUGCAUUGACGAAAGUUGUGUUGACAUCUAUCCCGGUUCACUCUAUGAGCACAAUUGCAUUGCCAGCUAGCACAUUGGAUAGACUGGAUCAGAUCUCGAGAUCCUUCUUAUGGGGAAGUACAUAUGCAAAAAAAAAAGCAACAGCUUCUGGCAUGGCAUCAGGCUUAAGUUGGGUUGUUGGUGAUGGUCGUGACAUCAAAUUUUGGAGUGAUCAAUGGAUGAUGGGGGAGCCUCUCAUUGGUUUGAGUACCGGUCAGCUCCCUGGAGAUGCUAUGCGGUUGAUGCUGGGAGCCUUAGUGGUAGAUUCGAUCACGAGUGCCAAAGAUCGUAUAUCAUGGGGAGAGUGUUCUGAUGGUUUGUUUACUGUUCGAUCGGCUUAUGAUCUCCUAACUAGGGAUCCUGCUCCGAAACAGAACAUGAGGAGGUGUCUCCCACUAAGUGAUUAUAACAAACUGGAGAGGCAUCGACGGCAUCUGAGUGACACCGCAGUUUAUUCGGUGUGUAAUCAAGGAUAUGAGACUAUUUUGCAUGCUUUACGCGACUGUCCAGCCAUUGCAGAAGAUGAGAUAGAUGGGACUCCAUGGGCGACGAGAUUUGCUAUGUGUGUCUGGUGGGGUUGGAAAUGGCGAUGUGGGAAUGUUUUUGAUUCGUGUGGUAAAUGUCGGGACCAGGUGUUAUUUAUUAAAAACAUUGCUCGGGAAGUAUAUGUGGCACAUGUGACUACUCGAAGGAACCAGGUUGUUGUGAGGGAGGAGCGUUUGAUCAAGUGGCUCCGUCCGAGUGCAGGGUGGAUCAAAUUAAACACAGAUGGUGCCUCUAGAGGGAAUCCCGGUUUGGCCACUGCUGGUGGUUUACUUCGGGAUGAGGAUGGUCAGUGGUGUGGUGGGUUUGUUUUGAACAUUGGAAUAUGUUCUGCACCUUUAGCAGGGUUGUGGGGUGUGUACUAUGGACUGUAUAUUGCCUGGGAAUGUCGAGUAACAAGAUGGAUUAGCGAACUAUACGUUCACUUUGCCGUUAGGUUUUCAGAUUCUCAACGCUCCGCCGAAGCCGGUGAAGUCGAUUGA